AUGUCCCUAUCCCCCUCAAACAUCUCAUCCGACCUUUCCCACCUCCUCUCCUUACCUGUAGCAACAUUAUCAUCCCUACUAGACGGUCCUUCUUCCUCAGCUCCCACUUUCAACUCCUCAAAGCCCACCUCUGUAAAAGAACCCAAAUCGAUCGAAGUACUCAACGACUUUUCGCCGUCUAAAGCAAACCCCGAAGAAAGUCAACGACUGAUUAAAAGCUAUAUACGGGAGAUACAUGAUAGUCAGGUAUUAGAGAAGAGCGGGGAGAUCGAUAGACUCGGUGAGAGGAUUGACGGGCUGAGGGAAAGAGGUCAGGGGCUGGAAAGUACACUGAGUGAAGUGAAGGUGUGA